CUGUACAUUGAUGCGGCCUGCCUGCCCUCUGAAGAUGUCCUUCUUGGCGAUGAUGAGCACUUGAUGACCUACCAAAAGAAUGGCGUUCGUGGCUUCGCUUUUGCUAGAGCGUCCUUCUUCGACCUUGGCUUCCAGAGCACUCCACUGCAUGCCCUGCCCACGGGUAAUACGAGGCAGUCAAGUCUCAUUCAAAUCUGGGCUCAGUGGAUGCACACUGGUGGUGGGGAGGAGGAGAAUUCGAACUUUUCCUGCCACGCAGCAACGACCGACCUCGCCUCCUCCUGCAAAUAUGGUCACCCGUUUCUAAGACCACCACCUCCGCGCCUUCUUGGUUCCAUCCAAAUUCCCCUGCUUCAUCUGCUCUACGGCCGGUCAAAUGAAGGUCUCUUUAAGGCAUUAUCCAGCACAGACAGUGUAGUGCUGCACGGCACGCCCGACAGUUUCUUCCUGUUGCCACAGACUGCCUCCGUGAUGCAAAGAAGGGCGUCGGCACAGCUGGUCUAUCCGUUGUUCAAGCCGGACAGCGAGGACUUCCGCGAGGCCUGGGUGGCGGUUCGGCUGGAGCUGGUCAACCAGAGGAAGGGCGGAGUACAGCCGUAA